UCUGUCAGUUUCCAGUAACAGUUUGUCACAAUAAUGGUACAGUGUUAUAGUCCUGUAAUCCGCAUUUGCAAAGUGACAUUAAAAUCAUCUUUGUAUGAUUUAUUUUAGUUGUUGCUGGAUUAAGACACAUUAACAGCUGUGUUCUCUCUGGGAAAACUAACUGGACUGCGAAAACCCUGUUUACCUCCUCGACUUGAGCAUGUACUUCAGACCAGCUGUUUACUCUCCGCUCCAGCAAAAGAUGCUCCAUGUGAGGAGCUGUGGGAGCUUAGUUACAACUAAAAUGGACGAAGUGUACACUUUGCAGCGGGAGGUUGGUCGAGGCAGUUAUGGAGUUGUGUUUGAGGGUCGUAUUACCGAGACUGGCUGGUGGGGUCAGCGUGGGGACACGGUGGCUAUCAAACGUCUCCCCUGCUGUAGCCCAGAAAGCAUUGAACUUUACCUGCAAGAACUUUGGGCUAUGAGAGCCACAGCCCGAAACCAUCCUAAUGUCAUUGCCCUCUACAACUGCUUCCUGCAGACGGGACCUAAAACACUGCAGCCUCUGAAGUCAAGCAGGCUGCCUUUGGACCUGGUAGAGAGCGCUCUUAAAGGAAGAGUUGUUGACAAAGACUCAAAAAGCCAGAGGAGGAACACGUCUAGGACGAGGAGAAGGAUAGCACAGACAGAGGAGGUGCCUAAACGCUGCUUUGCCCUGUGGUUGGUCAUGGAGUACUGUGAAGGAGGUGACCUAAACCAGUACAUGCUGUCCAUGUGUCCAGAUUCCCAGCGUAAUCACCAGGUUGUACGGCAGCUCAGUAGUGCUAUGGCCUUCCUUCAUGGAUUGGGCAUAGUGCAUAGAGACCUAAAGCCAGACAACGUUCUUGUUUGUCUGACUAAAACUGGGCCAGUGGUAAAGGUGGCAGAUUUUGGGCUCAGCAAGAUGGUGGAGGGCCCCACAGAUGGAGAGCAGAGCAGGUUGGCCCUCUCCUCUACUUGUGGCUCAGACUUCUACAUGGCUCCUGAGGUGUGGGCUGGCCUCAACUACACUGCCCAGGCCGACAUCUUCUCUUUGGGUGUGCUUUUCUGGGCUGUGUUGGAGAGAAUCACCUUCUAUGAGGAUGGCUCUAACCAGGAGCAGCUGGGAGCGUAUGUGGAAAGGGGUCGAUGGAUUACCCCACUGGGAGAGGCCCUUUGUCAAAACCCUUCCUUGCAGCUGGUCAUUCCCAUAAAGGCCCGGCGGGCUCCACCAGUGCCACCUCCUCCGAACUCUGCCAUCUGCACACUGCUGCUGGAUAUGCUGGCCUACGACCCUGAUGCCAGACCCACUGCACUACAGCUGGAGAAGAGGGUCCACCAGGCCAUAGACCCCCCUUGAGACAAAACCUUCUAAAUUUCCCAUCUCUCUUUUAACGGACUAAUGCAGUGGUCCUCAAACUAGUCAUUUGGGCCCCUCCAGACAUCACAAAUGUUAAGUCUAUGAGGUGCAAUUAAAAAAAAAAGUUUGAGAAACCACUUGCCUGCUAGUAGGUGCUUUUGUACUGUAUUGUAUGUAUAAUUAAGAUUUGUCAGGGAUUUUGAACAUGUAUGAUUCAAACAUUUUUGUACAUAGCUUAAAUUUGUCUGUGCUGUAUUUUGAUUGUAUGUCAAUGGCAAAUAAAACAAAUGA